UCAUCACACAAACACGGAAGUCUGUGCUGUUCCGUCAAUGCCGCGAAAAGUAUAACUGUGGCAGACUAGAGAGAUAGAUCAUUGCUAUGGCUGAGAAAUGCCCAAAGUCAAAACUAAAAAGAAAGAAAUUGUCUAUCGAAGAGCCCCUAACUGAUAUAUUUUCCAGGAACACGCUGAUAAAGAACAACGAAAGUUCCAGUGCAUCGAUUAAAAGCUUGCGUUCAACGAGACCUGUGGUCCCUACAGAGACGUGGUGGUCCAGAGGUGACCUGGCUGCAGUUGAGAGUCUCUGGGCCCUGACUCUAAGCUCUGCUCUUCCCUGUCUUGACGCUCACCCCUGGGACCCAGUCCCUGACCUUCCAACAGCCUCCACACUGAGCUCUAAUGUAGACCAGCAGAUUGAAUGGAGAUGGUGUAGCCUCAGUGAGGACAUGACUCCCUUGCCCUCCUCUCCCUCCUCUCCUCUGAGUACUUCCACGGCCCCACACUGUUCCACCCCAGACUCUCCUCUCAAUCCUUCUCCUGGGCUGGAAAAGACUCUCCUCCCAGUCCCACUACAGACUAGCCAGACAACAUCCACCAUCAAUGGCCCUCCUUCGAAGUCUGCUCCCUGUCUCGAGGGGCCCGGAGAGGGGACCAGUAGUAGUGGUGCUGGCCCCCACAGACCACCAAGUCUGGGAGCCAAAGUGCCUUCUAGCUACAGAAGGGGAGGCCCAUGGAGUGGAGGGGGAGUGUCAUCCAGAAAGGACACAAAACGAGGGGAAGGAGGGCAAAACACGGCAGCGGCCAGACCCCACCCUACAGCCAGGCGACCAGGAGGAGAGAAGGAGAGUCACCCCUCUACUCCUCAGCUCUUCAUCAGAGCAGGGAACGGAGGAUCAUCAUUACCAGCAGAAGCAAGAAAGGGUGGAGGAGGAGGAGAUGAGGGUGAUAAGAGGGGGAUGAAGAGGCUGCAGCUACCUGCAAACCAGGUGGAUGCCACGUCCUCUACCUCUGACAGCUUCACUGCUGCUCCCAUGGAGGAGGGGGAAAAAACGGAGGAAGGGGUGUCUGGGAUGGGCAGAGCUGAUUGGGUUGCUGGCAAAGGAGGAGGAGGAAGGGCAAUGCAGAGCUGCCCCAUGUGCCUGGUGCCGUUUCCAGCUGGGUUCACUCAGAUGGACUGUGACAGCCACCUGGCCAAGUGUCUGUCGGAGAUGACCCUCGACAUGACCUGGUGAUAGUCCACAGAGUCUUCUUCUGACACCAAGGAUGGAUGGAGGUCUGGAAGGACAGCUAGCUGGCUGUUGCACCACAUUUGGGUUGUGUUCACUAGGCACAAAACAGAAGAAAAAGGACUGAAUUGGGGAGGUGCUAUCGGAAAUGCUUGUUUUUGCCAUCCGUCACAAAACGUUUUGCUACAGUGUGCUCUAACGAGGAGUUAGUUUCACUCCACUCACCCUGUUGUUUGGCUAGUUGGUCGUUUUGAUUCAAACUCCAGUGGUAUCAGCGGUAAAAUACAGUAUGUGAUUCUACUGAUCAUCUAGUCUUCAGUCAUGGGUUUAAUUUGUAGAAUCUUGUGUGACUGUUGGCUGGAGCAAAAACCCGCCUUUACCCUUUAAGAUUUACUGACUUACUGUCCCACCUCUGCCCCUUCCCACCAACCUAUCAUCAUGCACUACAAGGUUGGAAUCAUAGAGAUGGAUAGAGGGCACACCUGCCACUAAGCAUUUGAGGUGUACCACUUCCCAUCGCUAUGGUUGGAAACAAUCUCUGAUGGGUCCCAUAUUGCUUCAUUCAGAUACACAUUUUGUUCUCUCCUCCGCUCCUAACUGCAUAUGCUGCCAUAGAAAUAGAAUGAAUAGAACGGGCGUCCCCAUUCAAGUCAACAAAGGUAUAAUGGGUGGACUGGUGGCCAAAACGAGGAGCAAAGCAGGAAGUGUACCCUGUAGUAGUUAGUAGAAGUAGUUGCCAUGGUAGCCUAAGCAGAGAGCUCCUGUAAAUACUGCCUUCAGAAAGUCUUCACACCCCUUUACCUUUUCCACAUUUUGUGUUACAGCCUGAAUUUAAAAUGGAUUCAAUUGAGAUUUGUCAUCACUGGCCUACACUCAACACCCCAUAAUGUCACAAUACCCCAUAACUGGAAUUCUGUUUGUUUAUUUUAUUUGACAAAUUAAUGAAAAUCUGAAAUGUCUUCAGUCAAUAAUUAUUCAACCCCUUUGUUAUGGCAAGCCUAAAUAAGUUCAAGAGUAAAAAUGUGCUUAACAAGUAACUUAACUUGCAUGGACUCACUUUGUGUGCAAAAAGUGUUUAAUUAGAUUUUUAAAUGACGACCCCAUCUCUGUACCCCACACACACAAAUCAAAUUAAACACUUAUCUGUCAGGUCCCUCAGUCGAGCAGUGAAUUUCAAACACAGAUUCAACCACAAGGACCAGCGAGGAUUUCCAAUACCUCGCAAAGAAGGACACCUAUUGGUGGAUGGAUAAAUGCAGACAUUGAAUAUCCCUUUGAGCAUGGUGAA